AUGAACUCCUUCUCCGUGUUCUUGGUGUUCGCUUUGGCAGCACUGGUCGUUGCGGAACCACCAUCAGGAUAUAAUUAUCCCAGAGGCGGCGGUGGCGGCGGUUCGUUCGGUGGCUUUGGUGGCGGCUCCUUAGGAGGCGGCGGCGGUGGCUACCAAGCCGUAAGUGGCGGCUUCCAGACUUCCGAAGGCCAAAAUGUCGAUCCUCAGCUGUUGGAACAAGUACGUCAAAUUCUACUCAAUGAGGAGAGCAAAUCCGGCGGCGGCGGCGGUGGUGGUGGCGGUGGUGGCUACCCAUCUGGCUCGUAUGGUCCACCAUCCGGCUCAUAUGGCCCACCUUCAUCGUCUUAUGGUGUGCCCGGUUUCGGUGGUGGCGGCCGUGUUGUCGGCAUUGAUUUGGAAGGUGUGCGUCAGGCUAUCCAGGUGGCGCAAUUCGCUCAGCAGAGCACGCAAGCCGGCGGUGGUGGCUUCGGCGGCUACCCCAGCGCACCCUCUGGCUCGUAUGGUGCUCCAUCGAGACCAAGCGGCAGUUAUGGCGCGCCUUUCUAA